UCUCUAGAUGGUGCCAUGGUAAUGCCACCUAUGACCGCGAAAUCGAUUUUUAACUAAAAUUCUGUUUUCGUGUUUUAUCAUGUCGGAACUUUUUUCUUUGUUAAUUUUCACUUAAAGUUAUAUAGUGAAAAAUACGAUACAUGUAAUGUAAGAAAUGCCUAAAGUGCAUUUUUGUAGUAGUGUCACUAUUUUUUUAAAAAUAUUAACCUAGAAAUCAUUUGUUUUUAGCUCUGGUUUUAAGCAGUUUUAAGUUAAUCUUUUUGUUCAAAGUGUACCUAUUCCCUGAUUCAAAGCUUUUCAAUAAUAUAUUAUACAUAUAAAGUUACAGUUUUUUAAGUAUUAUGUGAUUGUUUAGCUAGUAGGGACUUAAAGUAUUACUUAUAAUGUCGACGACAACGUUUGUGGAAGGGUGGUUAUGCUACGAUGCGAUUCUUGGAGAAGGAGCUUAUGGAGAAGUAAGAUUACUGGUUCAUAAAAAUACUGAUGAAAAAGUAGCGUGCAAAAUAAUAGAUCACUCAAAGUACAAAGAUGCAAAAACUAAUAUAUCUCGAGAAGUAAUGAUCCACAGUAUGCUUAGCCACGACAAUAUAAUAAGAUUUUUUGGCAGAAGACAGGAACCAAAAAAAGAAUACAUAUUUUUAGAAUAUGCUUCUGGGGGUGAAUUGUUUCAAAUGAUUGAACCUGAUAUAGGCAUGCCUUCUCGUAAUGCACAAACAUUUAUGAAACAUCUAUUAAAUGGUAUAGAAUAUUUGCAUAACAAAGGAAUAGUUCAUAGAGACAUAAAACCGGAAAACUUAUUAAUUGAUGGUAACGGAGUAUUGAAAAUAAGUGAUUUUGGAAUGGCCACAAUAUUCAGGCUAAAAGGAAAGGAAAGAAAACUGGAUAAAAAAUGUGGAACUAGGCCCUAUUUAGCACCAGAGGUAUUAAAGAGACCAUAUUUUGCAAGACCGUCAGAUAUAUGGAGUUGCGGCAUAGUGUUUGUAGCUAUGCUAACAGGAGAGCUUCCAUGGGCUGAUACCACAGAUGAAAAUCAAGAGUUUCUGAAGUGGCGUAGGGAUAAUUAUAUUUCAGAAACUCCUUGGUCAAAAUUAGGCAACACUACUCUAAGUUUAGCAAGACAAAUUUUAAAUGAAGACUCUGAGAAAAGAUUAACAUUAGAGCAAAUAUUAAAACACCCUUGGAUGAAAUUUAAUUUUGGAGAUGAUAAUACCACGGACCAAGGUGAUGGUCAUGCAACAAACCCAGCUAAAAGAUGGAACUCGAUGAUGGAGAGUGAGACUAAACAUAAUCGCGAAGUUCCACUAGUCACUUUAUCACAACCAACAAUGGUAAUACGUCCAGCCACAAUUGACCAGUUGGUUGAUGAUAUCAAGACUACAAAAUCGAGGGAUUCCAUUUGUUUCUCCCAGCCCACUAGGAAUGAUGAUGUUAUACUUCAGUUUACUCAAAGCCCUAUUACUAGAGAAAAUUUCCAUAAUCUGGUUAAGAGGAUGACAAGAUUCUAUGUGACCUGUUCGUUGACAAAAGCUGUUGAAGCCCUUGGAUCUGUUUUAGAUAGUUUUCAUUAUUGCUGGUCUAUAGAUGCUGCUGGAACUAUUACAAUUUCCACAGUUGAUAUUUUAAAAAAUCAGCUGGUUUUGAAAGUAAGUUUUUUGGAGAUGGAUGCGAAAAUUUUGGUAGACUUUCGUUUAUCUAAAGGCUGUGGUUUAGAUUUUAAGAAGAGAUUUUUGAAAAUAAGGGCAUGUCUUUCGAACAUUAUUGAGAAGCCUUCCGUUGACCAUAGCCAAAUUGUAUGUUCAAGUGAAAAUUAACAAAUUCUGUUGUUUAAUUAGUGUAAGAUUUUUAUACCAGUUUCUUCUUGUGCAGAAAUAGCGAUAUUAUUUGUGAUUUUUUUUUUGUUAAAAUGUUUUUUAAGUCAAUACAAGUUUAUUAAAAAAGAA